UCGUCAUCCUAUAAUAGAAUGCAGAUAAAGGCAGGGAAGGAAGACCAUUUCAAAACAAAUAACUUGAUCUACAACUUACAGCGUUAUCAGACCAACAGACACGCUCUUUUCACUGCCUCUCGGUUGUAAUUCAGCCAAAGCGCACUAAACCCUUUCACGCAUAACUGGAUUACUCUUGAGUCUACAAACAGCCUUUAGUGAGGUAAACUGGGGAGAGCCAAUUACGGUGAGCAGAGCAGCAGUCCAGUGAGUCCAUCAACUUGCAGCAGCAUCAUUCUAAACUAAAUCUAAGUAAGUGAAUGCUCUUUGUGAACAUCUGGAAUAAAAGCAGGUUAUGUUUCCAAACAAUAUCAUAAGGUCGAUCGUUGCUGUAGAAUAGUCCUAAGAUUAUUGCCAUUUGCCAGAGGCAGUGGAGCGCUGGAGUCCAGUCCAGAAUGAGCGCUGCGUUGAUAAUCCUGGCCAGUGGCCACGAAACAGGUCCAGUUUCAUUUCCCGGAAGAUGCAAGAAUGUGCUUCCUUGCAUCACCCGCCAAGAGACGCCCAUUUCAUCCCUUUGCUUUGCCGGGCUGUCAUAUCUGGUCCUGUUCAGCAAUGCAUGAAAACAGUUUAAACUGUACACUCAUUACCACCAUUUUACAUAACAGCGUCAUCUCGCUCACGCUGCAGCGGUCGCCUGGAAUCACGCGACGACCACGGCAACGCCAGCGCCUGCGCCAGUGUCCGUGACGUCAGAAGAAGCAUGGCGGUCAAGGUGACUUCGGGAAUACUACACUUUCUAGAAACUGGUUAUAUUGCUGCUUACUUGUGUUUCUUUUUAAGGUAGCGGGUGAGAGGGAAGAUGAUAGGGUUGGCGGGUUUUACUGAAUAGGGUUUGGAAAGGUGCAGUCAACCAAACGGGCCGACCCGAACGAAUUGAAGGUCAUCUUUCAAAAGCAUGCCAGCGUUUUGGACAAGGAGGGCGAGCGGUUUAUGACCCCCGCUGACUUUGUGCAGAAGUACCUCGGCCUUCACACACAGCUCCACCACAACCCCAAGACUGUCCAGCUCAUAGCCGGUGUUGCUGACACUACCAAAGACGGGCUUAUUUCUUUUCAGGAGUUCUUGGCCUUCGAGUCUGUGCUGUGUGUACCAGACGCCCUGUUCAUAGUGGCCUUUCAGCUCUUUGAUAAGACUGGCACUGGAGACAUUUCCUUUGAGAAUGUGCGCGACAUCUUCAGCCAGACCACGGUGCAUCACCACAUUCCCUUCAACUGGGACGGCGAGUUCAUCCACCUGCACUUCGGACAUGACCUCAAGAAACGCCUCAACUACCUGGAGUUCACCCAGUUCCUGCAGGAGCUGCAGCUGGAGCAUGCCCGGCAGGCGUUUGCCCUUAAGGACAAGGGCAAGACGGGCGUCAUCUCCGCCAUGGACUUCAGCGACAUCAUGGUCACCAUCAGGCACCACGUGCUCACGCCCUUCGUGGAGGAGAACCUGGUCUCGGCUGCAGGGGGCGGCACCUCCCACGUGGUCAGCUUCUCUUACUUCAACGCCUUCAACUCUCUGCUCAACAACAUGGAGCUCAUCCGCAAGAUCUACAGCACUGCUGCAGGCUCACGCAAGGACACGCUGAUCACCAAAGAGGAGUUUAUCCACGCGGCUAAUAAGUUCGGCCAGAUCACUCCCAUGGAGAUCGACAUCCUCUACCAGCUGUCUGGCCUUCACUCCCAGACCGGGCGACUGAACCAUGCAGACAUUGAGAGGAUAGCACCAUUAGAGGAGGGCGCUCUGCCUUAUCACCUGGCUGAAGUCCAGAGACAGCAGUCAGCUGGUGAAGGCACGCGGCCAGUGUGGCUACAGGCUGCUGAGUCGGCCUACCGCUUCACCCUGGGCUCCAUCGCUGGAGCUACUGGUGCAACGGCGGUGUACCCCAUUGACCUGGUGAAGACGCGUAUGCAGAACCAGCGCUCCACGGGCUCCUUUGUAGGAGAGCUGAUGUACAAGAACAGCUUCGACUGCGCCAAGAAGGUCCUGCGCUACGAAGGAGCCUUUGGCUUCUACCGAGGCCUGGUGCCUCAGCUGCUCGGCGUGGCUCCAGAGAAGGCCAUCAAGCUGACGGUGAACGACUUUGUGCGCGACAAGUUCACAGAUAAGGACGGCUCCAUCCCUCUCUUCGCAGAGAUCAUGGCCGGAGGCUGUGCCGGUGGAUCUCAGGUGAUUUUCACCAACCCGCUGGAGAUCGUCAAGAUCCGGCUGCAGGUUGCCGGGGAGAUCACCACGGGGCCUCGUGUGAGCGCGCUCAGUGUGGUCAAGGACCUCGGAUUCCUUGGCCUCUACAAGGGUGCGAAGGCUUGCUUCCUGCGAGACAUCCCGUUCUCUGCCAUCUACUUCCCGGUGUACGCCCACAUGAAGGCGCAGUUUGCAGACGAGCAGGGCAGGCUGGGACCCCUACAGCUGCUCACCGCCGGAGCCAUCGCUGGUAUCCCUGCGGCCUCGCUGGUCACGCCUGCUGAUGUCAUCAAGACGCGACUGCAGGUGGCUGCACGUGCAGGCCAGACAACGUAUAAUGGCGUGAUUGACUGCUUCCGCAAGAUCAUGCAGGAGGAAGGCUUCAGAGCACUGUGGAAGGGAGCAACCGCUCGAGUGUUCCGCUCAUCCCCUCAGUUUGGCGUAACCUUGGUGACCUAUGAGUUGCUGCAGAGGUGGCUCUACGUCGACUUUGGCGGACAGCGGCCAGCUGGUUCGGAUCCCACUCCCAAGUCCCGGAUCUCUGAGCUGCCUCCAGUGAGCGCGGAGCACAUCGGUGGCUACCGUCUGGCCGCCGCCACAUUCGCCGGCGUGGAGAACAAGUUCGGGCUCCACUUGCCCAAGUUCAAGUCCUCGGGGACGGCCACCCUCUACCAGCCGCCCUCUCCUCCGGCUGAUGCUGAAGCCCCUGCCCCUGCCUCCUCUUAAGAGACUAGCCUCCCCACCAUCCCUGCCUCCUCAUAGAGACUAGCUGCCUCCCAUCCCAUCCCCAGCAAAUGCACUUCUAUUCUUUACCAUACAAUAACUUAACAUGACCAUGCCAGACCACCCCCACCGCUCCCUCUUACACUUUCAAUCCAUACCACCCUAUCCAACCUUCUAAAAACACACACUUCCAUUCCAUAUCAGACCCCCCCCCUCUAAAUCACUCUUUCAUUCCAUAACAUACCAUACUCACCCCAUCCAACCUUCUAAAAACACACUUCCAUUCCAUACCAGACCACCCCCUUCCCUCCCUCUAAAUCACACUUCCAUUCCACACCGUACUGUACUUAAAAAAACAAACUUUCAUACCAUUCCCCCUCACACACCUACCCUCUAUAAACACACACUUCCAUACCAUACCACACCAUACCAUUCCUUACCAUACCCCCCACCCCUAUCCUAAGAACACACACUUCCAUACCACACCACACCUUACCAUACCAUUCCUUACCAUAACCACCCUUGCCUCUAAAUACACCUAUUUCCAUAACAGACCCGCAACCCUAGCCUAAAAAACAACACUUCCAUACCAUACCAUACCAUACCACACCAUUCCCACUCUAAAAAAAACCCACUUCCCAAACAUAACAACAUACCCACUCUCUGGUGCCGGCUAGUUUUCCCUUUGGCUGCAUGCUCUCUGUUUCACUGCCCUGUGCCAUUUCACUCCAUCUAUUGCUAUUCUAUUUUGUUAUCCAUCCUUCACCUCUCUUCGAUUUCUCAUCAUGAUCCAUCCAUCCUUAAUUGUUUUCCCCACCCACCUCCUUUCCACUUCCUCCCUUCCUGGAUCCGCUCCCCUGAAGGGUACCAACCAGACUUGUACGAAAUUCCGAAUUGAAAUUCACAGCAAUUAAUUGAAAUUCACAGUAAUGCCAUAAUAUGAACACUAGGUGGUGGUGUUCUAUGUACUCUUAAUGGGUGGUGUAGAUUGAAUUCAAAGAAAUUCAAGGUAAUGACAAAAUGGGAACACUAGAUGGUGCUGUAUAUUUAUCAGUAUUUGUCUAUUCUCGGCACCUGUUGGGCUGCUUCCACCACCACCCAGUGUUCGUAUUAUGGCAUUACUUUGAAUUUCAAUUCAGAAUUUCGUACAAGCCUGGUACCAACCCAGUCUGUAGUCCAAAUCUGCUGCCGACUCACUUGGCGGUUCAACACUUGUCACUCAGACAGACAUCAGCCUACUAACUGUUACUUAGUUUCUAACAGGCCUCUUUUGAACGAUUUUCUUUCUUUUCUCCUCCUCAUGAAUUUAGUGAAAAAUUAUGGUUUUCUGGUUUGUGGCUACUGCAGCAGUGUUUGAGUGGUGCACUUUUUUGUUUUAUCCUCUGGGUUUCUUUUUUUCCCCUUCUUUUGUUUUCCAUUUGUUUUGUUUUUGCAUAGUUGCACACUUUCAUUUUCCUGUACAUAGUGUACAUCUGUACAGAGACGCAGAGGAGAGAGGAGGGAAAAGAAAAACCAAGGGCAGUGGCGUAGUCACGGAAACGACAUUUGUGACCUUUACACUCAGAGGAGAGACGUGUGCUGUGCGUCUUUCUCUCUCUCUGGCUGUGUCUCUCUCCAUCCUCCUCACAAGCACGUCUCUAAAGAAGUAAGAUAAACAAAGAAAAAAAAGCGAUUCCUCCAAAUGACGCACACACUGUUUUCCAGACGUGUUUUAUCGAUCAAUGAGAAGAAAAAAAUGACAAUGUAAUAACAACUAGGACAUAAUAUAAAUGUAUUUCAUUCUUGUAUUUUAUUGAAAUAAAUCAUUGUGGUUAAAUUUAAAGAAGUUUGGGUACAGGUGGAGGGUUUGUUCCAGAAUGAUACAAAAAUUCUUUCACAGAGAGAGUUAAGUGGGAAUGACGACAAUACAAACAAAAUUACAGGUACAAAAGAUUUCCUGGAAUACUGGACUUGGUCACUUCAUAUCCAAUUUUUAAAUGCACAAUUCAUAAACCAAAUGUGCAUCAUUUCUGUCUCUGUGUGUGUGUGCUUGCACGCACAUAUGUCUGGAAUGUGUUGUGUGGAAUGUAUGCAUUUAGUGUUUUAAAAGUGUGUGUGUGCGCGUGUAUCUGUGUGUGCGUGUGUGUGUGCGCGCAUCUGUAUGGGAGUUUUGUUUUUUUGAAAUAACCAAACCCAUCUUAAAGAACCACUUUCGUGUACGGUAGUCUUUCCAACAGAGGGAAGACUAUAUUUCAUGGAUUAAAAUGAAACAGACUUUUAGCACAAGGUUUUUUGCUUUGGUUUGAAAGGAGGAAAUAAGAAAAAAAAGCACUGCAACUGUUACCAAGUAUACUGUAUAUGACUAUGAACCAAGCCAGGAGGAGUCAGGUCGGAGAUCUUGUAGCCCACACUACUGGUCUGUAGUCGUCUUUAGUCCAAGUCCUGGUGCUUGUGGAUAGGAACAAUCGAGCACUUUUUUUGACGGAGAAAACAUGCCGCAAAAAAAAAUUUGAAAUGUAUGAUUAUGUAUGUUAUCAAAAUAAAAACAGAUUCUAAAUGUG